GGGGAACGCUGGGCUGGCCCAGGCGCGACGGGCGCUGCGUGUGCGCGGCAGGACAGCGCCCGGGGCGCGCGCGGAGCCUCCCAGUGCCCCGCUCCCCCGUCCGCAGCCAUGGCAGGGAACUCGGACAAAGUGCCCAUCGCCCUGGUGGGGCCUGAGGACGUCGAGUUUUGCAGCCCCCCGGCGUACGCCCCGGUGACCAUGAAGCCCUCCAGCCCCGCGCGGCUGCUCAAGGUCGGCGCGGUGGUCCUCAUUUUGGGGGCGGUGCUGCUGCUCUUCGGAGCCAUCGGGGCCUUCUACUUCUGGAAGGGGAGCGACAGUCACAUUUACAAUGUCCAUUAUACCAUGAGUAUCAAUGGGAAAUUACAAGAGGGGUCAAUGGAAAUAGAUGCUGGGAACAACUUGGAGACCUUUAAAAUGGGAAGUGGAGCUGAAGAAGCAAUUGAAGUUAAUGAUUUCCAGAAUGGCAUCACAGGAAUCCGUUUUGCUGGAGGAGAGAGGUGCUACAUCAAAGCACAGGUGAAGGCUCGCAUUCCUGGCAUUCCUGACGGGGGCGCUGUGGCCGCACAGAGCAUCUCCUCUGACCUGGAAGGCAAGAUCAUGCCGGUUAAAUACGAAGGAAGUUCUCUCAUCUGGGUGGCUGUAGGCCAGCCUGUGAGGGACAACAGCUUCUUGAGUGCUAAAGUCUUAGAACUCUGUGGCGACCUUCCGAUAUUCUGGCUUAAACCAACAUAUCCAAAAGAAAUCCAGAGAGAAAGAAGAGAAUUGGUUAGAAAAAUUGUCACAACUACAAGAAGACCACACAGUGGGCCACGGGACAACCCAGGCCCUGGAAGACCGAAUAAUGAAACCAGACCCAGCGCUCAGGAGGACUCGGACCCCUUCAAUCCAGACAACCCUUACCAUCAGCAGGAAGGGGAAAGCAUGACAUUCGACCCUAGACUGGAUCACGAAGGAAUCUGCUGUAUAGAAUGUCGGCGGAGCUACACUCACUGCCAGAAGAUCUGUGAGCCCCUGGGGGGCUACUACCCAUGGCCUUACAAUUACCAAGGCUGCCGCUCGGCUUGCAGAGUUGUCAUGCCAUGUAGCUGGUGGGUGGCUCGCAUCUUAGGCAUGGUGUGAAGUCAUUUCACCUGCCAGGUGCUGUAAAGUAAGAAUUAACUCAAGAGACAACCAAACUAUGAGGCGUCUUCAUGCUGAAAGGACCACAAAGUAUUUUAUAUUCAAGCUCAGCAAUGUUAUAUGACACACUUGUAACAAACACAACAUUUCUCAGUUGCUUUACAGAACUUUAUUCAGAAUGUGCAAAAUACUGAAAGUAGCUUCAGUUUAAAGUAAUUGUAAUAACCUAUUACUUGCUAUUUUUUGCCUUGCUUUUUGCCAGUUAGUCCUGCUUAUAAGACUUGCUUCCCAGACUAUUUUGAAAUAAACAUGAAACAUGA